CCCUAAAACCGCGAUCUAGGAGCAGCUCCCUCACUCCUUACUUCCGCUUCCUCCAAGUAAGGAGUCGCGGCCUUCCCCGUUCGGCUCAGGGCGGCGGCAGCUGGAGCGGCAGGCAAUGUUUGGCCUCAGAAGAAACGCGGUAAUCGGACUCAACUUCUACUGUGGGGGCGCCGGGCUGGGCGCCGGCAGCGGGGCCGCCGCCGCGCCGGGAGGGCGGCUCUUGACGGCGGAGGAGGCCAGUGCCCGGCGGGAGGCGGGGGGAGGGGAAGCCGGCGCGGGGAUUGGCGGAAGCGCCGGCGCGAGCCCCUCGACCACCCUGGCGCCGGACGCCCGGAGGGUCGCGCGUCCCGCGCCCAUUGGCGCCGAGGUCCCCGACGUCACCGGGACCCCAACUAAGCGGGUGUUCUUCGCGCCCACCCACCGUGCGCCGACGCCGGACGAGAUGGAAGCCGCGGCCGCCGGCGCCAUCAUGUCGCCCGAAGAGGAGCUGGACGGCUACGAACCCGAGCCCCUGGGGAAGAGGCCGGCCGUCCUGCCCCUGCUGGAGCUGGUCGGGGAAGCCAGUAAGAGCUCGCGCACGGACGGCUCGCUCCCUUCCACGCCGCCUCCAGCGGAGGAGGAGGACGACGAGUUGUACCGGCAGUCGCUGGAGAUUAUCUGUCGCUACCUUAGGGAGCAAGCCACGGGCGCCAAGGACGCCAAGCCGCUGGGUGGGGCCGGCGCGGCCAGCAGGAAGGCGCUGGAGACCCUGCGGCGGGUCGGGGACGGGGUGCAGCGCAACCACGAGACGGCCUUCCAAGGCAUGCUUCGGAAACUGGACAUCAAAAACGAAGACGACGUCAAAUCUUUAUCUCGAGUGAUGAUCCAUGUUUUCAGUGACGGCGUAACAAACUGGGGUAGGAUUGUGACUCUAAUUUCUUUCGGUGCCUUUGUGGCCAAACACUUGAAGAGUAUAAACCAAGAAAGCUGCAUCGAACCAUUAGCAGAAAGUAUCACAGAUGUUCUCGUAAGGACAAAACGGGACUGGCUAGUCAAACAAAGAGGCUGGGAUGGGUUUGUGGAGUUCUUCCAUGUAGAGGACCUAGAAGGCAGCAUCAGAAAUGUGCUGCUGGCUUUUGCAGGUGUUGCUGGAGUAGGAGCUGGUUUGGCAUAUCUCAUAAGAUAGCCAUAUAAGUGCAAUAGUAGACUUUUAACCAACUCCAGCCACCAAAACUACAUACAUCUGUGAAAUCAAAUGUAUUUAUGAACUUGGACUUCAAGCUGCCCAGGCUGUAACCUCCAAGAGUUCCAUCCUAACAAUGUAGCCAGAAAGAAAGUGGCAAGAGGAUUAUGGCUAACAAGAAUAAAUACGUGGGAAAACUAGUCCCCCUUGAAGAGUCACUGUCUGAAAGAAGCAAAGUUCACUUUGAGCAACAAGCAAACUUUGAUUGGGAGGCCAUGGAGAAAGACUUGGAUUUAGUGAAGAUGGUAGGGUGAAAGGACUUAACAUCUUGUCUAAAACCAGAAAAGUGGCCAAUAACUAGGCUUGCCAGAAUUCAUUAAAUAGGCCCGCCAAAUUCAAUUACUUUCUCUUAUAGUGUUAAAAGCAAAGCACUAACAAUGCCAGUGACCUUUGUAAAAUGGAUUUAAGCUAGAAGUAAUCAAACUUUGACUAGAAGCCUCAGUACUGUACAACAGUGUGUGAAGGGAAGCUUUUUGCUUUCCCAGGUUUAUGUCUUGAAGACAAAGUCCAAGUGUUCAGGACUUUCAUACCUGUUCUACUUUGACUUGGUUUGAAUGAUUCUUAGUUUAUUAGCCUAGUAAUGGCCAAGAAUACUUGACUUGAAGUUCACUAAUUAGUUACCAAUGCAGAAUAUCCUCAAUUUUUAAGACAGAACAACUUGUAAAUCUAUUUGUCUGUAAAAAUUGUAUAUAUUUUUACAGAGUUUAUUUCUUUGAACAACAUAAAAGGGACGGAAGUCUUGAAUUUAGUUUUUUUCAUACCCUUUUGAAAUUUUCAACUUCUGUAGUUAGGAAUCUAUUUCUUAAAUCUUUUCUAAACUUUGUCCUGGUCUGUUCUAGAAUGUAUACAAAACCAAUUGAUGUAAGUGUGUGCAACCUGGUUGAUAACUGUGUGGGCUUAAUUUUCCAAUCUGGUUUGGUAAGUAUUCUUUGCAUAGAUUUUUCUUUGAGAACAUGAUUGAGAGAUUGAGGAGUUAAAAUUAGCCCUUUUGCUUUGUUAAAUGUAGGUUUUCAGUAAUUGAGUGAAAGUGGAGUUUUAUGGUUGGGGGAGGAUUGGAAUGGGCAAAUGACUUUAAAAUAAUGGGCUCUGAUUAGGCAACCACUCAACUGGAGUUCCUUCCAUUUGACCUAAUUUAACUAGGAAAACCUAAACUGAAUUUAUGAGCUCAUCUUUAAAGCUUUUACUGAAAGAUUUUCAGCUGUUCCAAGUGGGACUUAACUAGCAGUGUGUAUAUAAAAAGAUCACAUCAGGUGGAUAAGAGACAUUUGAUCCCUGUUUACUUAAUAAAUUGUAAAAUGACGGCUUGGAAAAAAAGCAGGUUAGAGUCUUAACCAUGGUGCUAUUAUGUGGCUUGCUUGUUAAAUACAGGUUUAAGCCUGGUAUUAUCAAUAAAACGUACUUAUUGUUUCUUUUCUAUUAAUGAUUCCCAAGCUUUGUCUUGAAUUUGUCAUUGGUAUCUGUUUGGAUUUCAGACCUGAUGUACUAUUGAACUUAAUCUUUAACUUCUUGGCCUUCUUGAGAUAUUUGCUGCUUGUUACAGAUAUUUAUAUUGUUUUUACAUCUUUACUCUGCCAUCCCUGAACCUCUGUAGCCCUUGUAGUUUUCUACAUUAUGAACCCCCCUCUGGAAACAUCAUACGCAACAUAAACAUACAUACACCUCUCAGGAACGGACAGACCAUCUCUCAUGAAUUGAUAAUCUUGGGAGGUGAUAAGACUUCCCUUCUUCAUGAGUGCUUUGACAAGCUUGGGGGUGAAAGGGAGUCUUUUCCUUGGUGUCUUUUAGUUGAUUUAUCCCAUCUUUUGAGUAAGAAGUUUCAAAAGUCCUCUUAGGAAUUUUCAGAAGGCAGAACAUCAUUUUGUAUGCUUUCUCUAAAGUUUCCUUUGCUUGAAUGUGCUCACUUAAAUUUUAUAUAAAGAUGGGCUCAGUUAAACCUCAAAGAGUAAUAUAUAAAAGCUACUUUUAAAACUGAAGAAAGCUCUAUGUUGCAACUAGGGACAUUUGAAAGCUUCAGAAUAUGACCUUUAGUCUGUGGACUCCAGAUAAAAAUAGGCAUGAAUAAAAUGACUAAGAAUGUAAUUGGUAAGAAUUGCCCUGCCUGCCUGUCUGUCUUGGAGCUAUUAAGGUCAUCUUGUUAGAGCUCUUUUUACCCAUGUAUUUAUCAUUCUUGAUCAUAACCAUUUAUUUAUAUCAUGUCUAUCUCUAAGGACCUAAAGCACUUUAUUUAGUUUUUAAAUGGACAGAAGAUCUUGUUAAGGUGACUAGAAGGCCUAUGCCCCCCUCCCCCAUAUCCAGUUGUGGAAAUGCAAAUUGUACAGAAAUGCAAAUUGGUGUUUAGGAGCCCUACUUCCCCAACUCACUAGGUAUGACUGCUGAAAUAUAGACAGGAUCUUAGUUGAUGUUUUAGGUCCAGAGCAGUGAGAGCUCUUUUUAGGAGAGCCCAGGUGGUUUGGGAAGGAAGGAGCAGAUUGUUAGGGAGAAGAGGAAUGUGGUCUAAGUGCUGACUAGGUGCAUAGUUCAGGCACAUCCUCCAGAAUGGAAAGGGAGGGGCUGCUUGGAAAAAUGGCUCUCUCAGCAACUUGUCUUAUACUUCUCUCAGGGAAAAACAUGCAGUCUUCUAGUAUUGUUUGUGUACGUUCUAUUUGGGGGGUAAACACCUUGGUUCUGGUUAAACAGCUAGUGUUUUUGACAGCUGUUCCAGGAAGGGUUAGGACCAACUGCAAAUUAAUGUGGGUUGUAAACUAGUAUGUUUCCCUAACUUCCUGUUCUUCCUAAAAAAACAAAUAAAUCUUUUUUUUUUCAAA